UAAAUAUGAAAUUGAGUUUGUGAGUUGUCAUGAGCGUGAUGGAAUUGUUUCGCUUUUCCAAUGCGGGAUUUCAGGCUUUUCCGUUUUGCCAUUUGCAUAGUCGUCAAUUCAUAUACGUGACACGCUUCUCUCUCCCUCUCUUUUGAUUUUCUUUAGGCUGUUGUCAGAACUCACGGCUCAGAAUUCAGAUUCCUACUAAUCAUUCCUUGUUUUUAAAUCCUACUUCUUUUUUUUUUUCUUUUUUUUUAUAAAUUCAGUUCUCACAACAGUUGAGGCUUCAGCGUAAGCAGUACAAGUAUUCAUAACUUUGUGUUUUUUUUUUUUCUGUUCUUGAUUUUGGGAUCCAUUUCUGAAAACAGGGUCUUAUUAUUAUUAUUAUAUCACGAGUGACACAUGAGACAUGACUACCGUUCAAGCACUUUCUGGAUUCUGACGAUAAAUUCGAGGUUUUCAAAAUCAAUAUAUUUAUCCACUUUGAGGUUUUCUUUUGGGGCAUGUGGAUUUCAAAUUUGAUAAAAACUUUGGAAUCCAAGACUGGAUUUCAUCAGGCUCUUGCUACAACAAUUCUUGCCCAGAAACACCAGAGAUUUUUAAGAUUUGGUUGAUAAAUUCAUAAAAUGGGGUGUAAGGCAUUAAAGUUAUGGAGCUGCUACUUGAAUUCAAUUACAUCCAAAUGCGUUUUCUUAGCUGCACUGGCUCUGGUCAUCAGAGCCAUUUUCUUUCCUCCAUUCACAACAAUCGGUGGCUCUUCUGAGGAACCAAACGACAUCGUUUUCAUCCGCAACCGUUCUCUGUCCUUAAACGACAAUUCCGGAAUCAGAAACGACAAGUUUCUGGAGGUUCCGCAGAUAGUCUGGGGACUAAACAAUCAAAAGAUAGCUUUGGCCAGAUCUUGUCUCACAGCUAGAAUGCUCAACAGGACUCUUCUCAUGCCAAGCUUAAGUGCUUCUCUGUUCUACAAAGAAGUAGAGCUUUUGAAACCAAUUUCCUUUGACAAAGUUUUUCAGUUAGACAGGUUUAAUUCUCACUGUAGAGGCUUUGUUCAGAUGAGUAAGUACUCGGAUGUUUCGAACCGGACCGGGGUUUUCGAGCUCCGAAAGGGGAGUGGAAGAAGGUGGACAAUGGAGAAAGAUUUAGAACAGUUGAAGCAGAGUUUGGAGAACCCAAUUGAUGAUUAUGAAGUUAUUAGAAUAGUUGGGAAGAACCCUUUUCUGUGGCAUGAUCAUUGGCCUGUUAAGGGCUAUGCUAAGGUCUUUGAGUGCUUAGCUUUGGUUGAUGAGAUUAUGGCUGAAGCUGAUAAAGUAGUGUCGAAGAUUAGAGAGAUGGGAAUGAAACAAGAAAGGGUACUCGAAAGUAGUGGUCUUGAUGACCCCGCAAACGACAUAGACAAGGCUAAGCCUUUUCCUUAUGUAGCUGUGCAUAUGAGAGUUGAGAAAGAUUGGAUGAUUCAUUGUAAGAAUCUAGAGAAGAAAAUGAACAUAACCCAGAUCUGUAGCAGCAAGGAGGAGAUUAUGGAGAGAGUUAACAAUGUUAUUGGCUUGAAAACAACACCAACUGUUGUUUAUCUAGCGGUUGCAGAUGAACUGCUUGAAGAUUCAUCUCUACUGUUUGGUUGGAGAGAUAAUUUGCUUCCUUUUGAGAAGAAAAAACUUGGAGUUGAUGGGAUUUACAAGAAGUAUCCUUAUUUGAUUCAGUCUGCAAUCGACUAUGAAGUUUGUUUGAGAGCUGAUGUGUUUUUGGGCAAUAGUUUUUCCACAUUUUCCAGUCUUAUUGCUCUUGAGAGAACUCAGAAGAUGUUGAGAUUGGGAUUUGAGGGCUCAUGUGAAGGUAAAAAAGAUUUGAGGUGGCCUUCUUAUGCAUAUAAUCUGUUAGAUAAUUCAAAAGGCCCUCGAAAAUGGAUGACAAAUAUGUCAGAUACAAGCCUAAGAGCAACUAGCUAUGGUUCUAAGGAUGUUUCUUGUUGAAACUUUCUUGCUGUAGUUUUCUUUCUUUGUUCAGAAACUGGUAGUCAAUACAAUUCUUUUUGUGUAAAGAUAAGUUUAUAGAAACAAUAUGAUACUAGUUUGAUACAUGUUUAGGUACAGUUCAUUUCUUUCUUCUUUUUCCUUGUACUAAAUUUUUGCUCUUGUAAUCAUUCUUUAAUGUAUGUAAUAUGGAAUCUGAUCAGUUAGCACUGCAAUUCACAUUUAAUAUUUAUGAAGCAUUUAUAUGGCAACAUUUUUU